AUGCAUAUGUUUCGAACUCAUACUAAUGCAUCAUUAGCAAAGAUAAAUGCUGAAAAAACUUCAGCUGAAGGUUAUAUAACAAAUUAUUACGAAUAUACUAUUGCUGAUAAUAUUCAUUUAACAAUAUAUCCUACAGAUGAUGAAAUACAUUUGAUUAUUCAUGAAGCUCAUGAGCAAGCAAUAGCUUUUGCCAAAGUUCUUGAAUUUAUCUGGUAUAAAAAUCUUUUUUAUGAUAGUACUUUUAAUACACAUGUAUUAGCUUGUGAAAGUGAUUUACUAGAUGAUGAUUUGAAUCAAGAUUAUGAUGAUUUAAGUCAAGAUGAUGAUUUAAAUCAAGAUGAUGAUGGAUUGGAAGAAAUUAAUAAAGCUGAUUGUGAGUUAAAUGAAAUUAGCAAGGCCGCAGAGUUGGUUAGCACAUACAAUAUUUUCAAUUUAGAAAAAACUGAUGAUUUAGAACAAAGUCAAAUAGAUUAUAUAUAUGGUCAAUCAGAUAAAAAAAUUAUUCAAAAGAGUAGUGAUAUAUUUCAAACGGGUGUUUUAUCAUCAGGAGAAUUGGAUAUUUCAUAUUUAAUUUCACAACGUCGUAAAUAUGAAGCUUAUUCAAAUCAAAGAAUGGAAAGGAUUUAUGUGGCACAUGAUUCAGCUUUAAACCUUAAUCCUAAUAAGAUUAAUAAUAUAGUUGUUUUGGCUCAAAAUGAUGGCGCAAAAACUGGAAAUUUAAGAACUAAAAGAUUGCAAAAUAGAACACGUUUAGAAACACCAGCCCCAUUUUUGUUACCAGUAGUGCUUCUAACGGAACGGGUCGACCCAGGUCAUGUGACCCAACCCGACUUAAAAGCUCAGGUCAGGUUCAAUAAUUUUUAUGACCCGGUGACCCGCAUGACCCGACCUGGUUGA